UUGAGUUAUCACUCAUCACAGAAACUACGAAAUACAAGUUAAAUCGAUAUGAAGCUCGACAAAACUUUUGAGAGUCAUUUAACAAGUGAAUGGCGUCAGCAAUAUGUCAACUAUGAGGAGCUGAAGGACUUCUUGCACACCGCAUUGGAAAAUGCGCCGAACCCAAGGGACAAGGACGCAUUUGAUGUCUAUUGUCAAAACUUUAAUGACGAGUUCUAUGCAAAGCUGACCACCGAGCUGAAGCGGGUGAAUGAGUUCUUCGAAUACAAAAUGGCUGAGGCAAGGCGUAAGCAUGCCACUCUGAAGGUGAAGCUGCUCUAUAUAAAGGGUAGAAGCGAAGCGAAUGUUACGGGUGCCGUCAAAGGGCUUCCUCCGCUGGCCGAUCAACCACGAAAUCUGCGCAAACUGGAUCGCGCCUAUGCCGAGUUCUACUUCAGUCUGGUGUUACUCAACAAUUACCAGCAGCUCAAUUAUGCGUGCUUUUUCAAACUGAGCCAAAAGUGCAGGAAGUACUUCCCUACCUCCAAUGUACCUAGGUGGGUUCAGAACACUUUGGAUGUCACGCCCUUAAAUAUCGACGGAGUUGAGUUGCGUGAAAUGAUUUCCGAAGUUGAGGACCUCUUCACCCAAUACAUAACAGACGGUGAUCGUGGCAAGGCAAUGGAAAAGCUUCGAGUUCCGCCCUUGGGUCAAACCACAUCGACAGGCUACGUGUUCUCAGCGGGCGUAUUCAUGGGUCUCUUUAUAGUCUCGAUUGUAGUUUGUGUUAUUUCUGCUUAUAUCUUAUUUAGCAACUCGAAACAGUUUUUCAUCUUUACUCGGUUGUUUCGCGGCUCGUUCAUCUUGAUGCUCUAUGGCUUCAGCGUGGUGGCAAACGUCUAUGUGUGGCAGAGUGUGGGCAUUAAUCACGUGCUUAUCUUCGAUCUGAAUCCUCGCAAUCAGACAGAGUGUCUCAAGCUACUCAGCACAGCCAGCUUCUUUGGGUACGUCUGUGUGCUGGCCAUGCUGCUAUUCAUCCACCACAAGGAGUUUGGCGUGAAGGAUCCUUUCUAUAUUCCGCUAAUUGGACUGGUGCUACCCCUGGCGCUGCUCAUAAAUCCAGUGCAUAUUAUGAAUUUUCCGACUCGUAUGUGGAUCUUGCAGUGUUUCGGACGCAUUUUGGCAGCUCCGUUCUGUUAUGUGCAUUUUGCGGACUUUUGGAUAGCCGAUCAGCUGGGAUCCCUGGUGCAGUGCUCAGUGGACUACUAUGAGUUGAUUCGCUUCUAUGUGCGUUACUCGAUGGGUAGAGAGGAUACGUUCGAUUUCGAGCCAGACGCUAUGGUGUCCGUGCUGCGCUGCCUGCCCUCCUGGUUCCGGAUGGCCCAAUGCAUAAAGCGCUACUGCGAUAGUCCACUUCGGCCAGCUUCAUACUUGGUCAAUGCUUUCGCCUACGGCUCUACACUGCUCGUUGGCAUCAUCUCAACCGUUCAAAUGGAGACGAGCGACAAGUACCAAAGCAUCUUUGCGAAUCCCUGGACUUGGGGCUACUUAGCUAGCACCCUCGUGUCGACCAUAUACUGUACGGCCUGGGACUUGCUGCAAGACUACGGCCUGUUCAAGAUCUGGAGGGGCAAAAAUAUAUUCCUUCGAAAACGCUUAAUUUACCCCAAGUGGUUUUACUACUAUGCCAUCCUUGCGGAUCUCUCGAUACGUUUCUUCUGGGCGUUCGAGGUGUACUUGGUGUACAAUGAUCUUCUGCUGCCCAACAAUAUAAAGACGUUGUACAGCAUUUGUGAGAUCAAGCGACGUUUCAUUUGGAACAUUCUUCGAUUGGAGAACGAGCACUUGUAUAACUGCGGCAAUUUCCGAGCAACGCGCGACAUAUACGUCUCGGCUCUGAGCUCGCGAGAUGAAUUGCUAGUCAAGAAGCUUUUGGAUGAGUCGAAGCGUAAUUCGGAAGCGCGUCGGGAUAGUAAUGCGACUAAAGUGACCCACAGUGACAGUCCUCCCAGUUAAUUACUGUUCGCUCUGCCACGCCCACUUUGCCAAUUCCGCCUCGUUUUCGAGCGCAUUGACAAUUGGGAGUCAAUGAAGCGUGCAACGAGUCUGGGCGUCUAACAAUGCGAAUACUCUGUUUUCUUUCAACCCCCGCAUAGCAAAUUGAAUAAAAUUAAUC